AGGUCGGUGGCGGACGGUGCGAUUUCGUUUCGAGAGGUUGUGGAAUGCCGUUUGUGCGCUGGACUGAAUUGCGGUGGUUUAUUUUUUAUUUUGCGAACCGAAGGACAGUGGAUGGCGCGCGGCGGUUUUGGAGGCCAGAGGUUCGAAGAAUCUACAAAGUGGCAUGCAAAAGCUGUGCGGCGCUGGACUGCAGUGUGGUUGAGAAUGCAGUAAUCGAGCAGUUAUUUGAUUGCGCUCGAAGGUGAGGGGCGAGCGAAGAGCAGCGGUGAGAGAAGGAAGGAAUGCAGAGCAAAUAAGAAUAAGAAGACGCAAGAUGACGAAGAACACCCGUCGCAUUCCACGUAUUCUUUCGUUAUUACAAUCUAUCCACAUUCCUUUCCUUUUGGAGGUGAAACGAUGAAGCAGGGGGUAGAGUUGAUGGAAACGUAACUUUCGAUUGGAACAAUAAAAGCAGCACUUAGAGAUGCCUCACAUGUUACAGUAACUUGCAGUCAAGUGGAAUAACAUCAAGUGCAUACAUAUCUUAGUUGUAUGAACAAGGUGGAAUAUUAUCAAGUGAUCACAAACAAUUUAAUGUGAACGAAUCGAAAAAAUCGCGAACCCAACCAACAGAAAUUAAGCCAACAAUAAAUCAAACGAAUGUGAAUUAAAUUCCAAGUGAAAUAACAAAUCGACGAAAAUAGACGUGCCUUAUCACUCCAAGCAUCGAACCUUAAUUCCACGAACCGAAUCCCAAAAAUCAAGUGAAUGCCCAUAGAGAACAAACGCCGUUUCCGUCAUCGCCAUCAUGUCUCACUCCCACGGUCUUGUCCGGUACUCGCAGUACUCGUCUUCCGGAGGGGCGGGUCCCCAGACGAGCAACAGCUCUGCGUCCAAACCGAUGCCAUCGUCGAGCGCUAGCAGCGGAAGACCCUCAUCGGCUGCUGCUCAGCCCCCUCCAGGUCAACCGCAAAUUCCUCCACCGCCGGCGGUGCGGCCUCCUAUGCUGGUAACCUCGUCUGGGUGCUCGAUGCUUCCGCCGAGUCCACCAUUGCCACCGUCGGCCCAAUCCGGUUCCGGAUCUAGCAGCCCUCAACAAGCUCAACAGCAGUGCCAAACCACGCAAACCUCGGUUCCUUCGAGUCCCAAGUACUCCGCUAUGGCCAGCAGCCUGUCCGGAUCAGAUACUGAUGUGUCAACUUCCACGGAGAACCUUACCCGCGAGGAACGCUACGUACUGCGUCAUGCCCGCGUUGAACCGCAAGGCGAAGAGAACAUGCAAGGAAGUGUUACCCCCGUGAACGAAAUCCAGGGUCGUUAUAUCCCUGAUAAGUUCUCAUCGAAUACUUCCUCGGAUUCGACGCGUUAUGCUACUCCAAACAGCAGCCGAAGCAUUUCUGAAAGCCGUAACGGCAUGCAUACCUACGCUAACACCGUAAACGAUGGUUCUAACCGAAACUCGAUCAUCAGUACCGGCUCGAAUCGUAACUCGCUGAAGGAACCUAACUCCAACCGGUCUUCCAUGGACGUGUCGCAAUCGUCCUACAACACCCUCAUCAUCCAUGACGAAGGCAUCUACUCGUUGAACCGAGAAUACUCCAGUCCUCCCCCGUACAUGAAGAAAGAUAGACCGCGAUCGUACGGUGAAUCGCAACCUCCGAUUCAGGAGCUGUCCGAAAUCCCGGAAAAGUAUCUUAGCCAAAGUCACGUACUGAAACACCUUGCUAAGGAAGUGAAACUGCCGGCACGGACUCGCAGUGACUCCAACACCCGUGACUCGGGCGUUUCGGAGAAUACGGACUCUAGAGAUCCACCAAAGUACGGCCAACACUGGGUUGAAGCACAGAGCGCAUUCACUGAUGAGUCGGCCGCUACGCAAGCAAAUGCCAAACUAAAGAGUAAGAGUCAACCGGACUUGACGCGGCUGUUGGACAUCGAUCCGGAAGAGGUGGAAGCUAUGUACAAAGAAAAUCAACACCUCAAGCAACAGUUGAACAACUGUUUCCUAAAGGUUGCCAAAAGCCAAAAGCUGGAGCAGGAAAUAUCCAAUAUCUACCGGGUGCACGAGGAAUUGGUGCAAUCCUGUGAGCGACGCGAGCGACUGGAGAAAGCCGCCCGGACUCGUCUGCAGCAGGACUGCCGCAGACUUCAGGAGCUGAACCGAGCCUUCCGCGAUCAGGUCGAAGUUCUGCAGAAUCAACUACUUUCGUCGUCGGAUCAUCAGCUCGGACGAACGCAGCAGGACGUGCUCAUCUCGCAACUGGUGACGCAAAAUAAAUCACUAGUUGACGCAAAUCGACGUCAAUGCAUUGAACUGCAGGCGCAGAACGCGACGCUGGAGGAGCAGCGAAUUCACAUCAACGUGCUUGAUACGGCCCUGAAACGGCUGGAAGAAGAAUGCCGUCAGAAGCAGGUCUACGUGGAACGCUGCGCACAACUACAACACGCUUUACAGUCACUCCAGAAUGCCAGUGAACGAAGAGAGCAGGCGGAACGAAAACUUCGCAUGGACUACGAGAAUGAUCUACCGAACCGCAGCGGUAGCAGCACCAACAGCGAAACGGACAACCUCAAGUGGCAGCUACGCGAAAAGGAAGCACAGAUUAUGAGACUUGAAGCCGAAUGUGCCAAACUGGAGCAGCGCAACUUGGAGGAGUCGAAUGUACGAAAUGUCGCCAAGCUGGCGAUGGAGCGCAACUCGCAGGAAACGGAGCGAAUCAUUGCCGAAGCGAAGCAGGAGAAGAUCCGCUACCUGGAUGAGGCGCAUGCAGCGAACCGUAAGGUGACGGAGCUGCAAACACGACUUAAACUGGUGGAGAAUCGAUUGGCCGAAAAAGAGGCCAUGAUCCGAGCUUAUCAGGGACAAAAAAUCUAUGGUUCAACAAACUCCUACGGAUCGUACAACCUAUCGAACGAUAGCUUCGCACUGAAUUCACUAGGAGCAUACAACUCGCAGGCGUCGUACGAUGUGUCGAACAACUCGUUCGACGUGACCACUACGGCCUCUCUGCUGGACACGACCGGCUACUGUCCGAACGUGUCGUCCAGCUUUACCUCGAACUAUGGACAGACCAACCCGAGUUUCAACCAAAGCUCGAUCAAUCUGCAGACGGCGGGCGGCAAUAGCUACAGCUCGCCAAGCAGCAGCUCUAACUACAGUACCAACUACGGAGCCAGCGAGCACGCCACUAUCUACGACUCGAAGAACUUUGACGCCCAACGUAAAUCAAUAGACGAUCAGCUCAAGCAGCUGGACGAACAGCUGCUCAGCAAGCGAGGACUCUGUUGCUUUCCGAGUCUAACCACGAAGAAACCCAUUCAGCCGUUACUUUCCGAUGAAGUAUCCGUCUUAUCGACGAACAACAGCGAAGCUUUCCUGCAGAAUCUUACUCACAUCGAUCCGCGUGAUCGAGAGAGACAAGAUCGCCGGGAUCAGGAAAGCAUCACUGGUGGCACAGGUGGUUCGAAUGGCAGUGGCAAUGGUGGUGGCACUAGCGGAAACAGUGCCAGCGGGCCCAAUUCAAGUGGAGCAGGGAGUUCUACCAAACCGGAGGACAUGAUGCUCCUGGAGAAACAGGGACGCUGCUCACAGAAGCUACGCAGCAAUCAGUUGAGUAACCUAGCGCACGUCACCCAAACGGUUGGGCAAAAUAUGACCGAUAUAAGUAACAUAGGAGGGAAUAAGGUUCCUAAAAUUCUAUCCAACAUUGCCCAACAGGCGGGAGGUAUCCUUCCCCCACGGAAGGAUCGUGGUGCAUCGCUACCACCAAGCGCACUGCCAAGACCACCGCGAAGUUUGAAACCACCACGCAAAAUUGAAUACGGAAGGCUCAGCGAUUCCGAGGGUAAGAAACGUGCCGAGACACCUCCUGCAACAGACCCGCAAAAGGAGUACGAAAUGAAGGCGUCCAGUCUGAAACGGAUGAACGCUGGGCCGUUUAACAAACGAGAAUUUUCGCCCGGGAAAAGUUACAUCGAGAUGAAGGAUCCCAUUCAACUCGCAGCCAAAGACUACGGAACGCUCAAAUCCAAAAACUUCGGCUCGCUCGGAAAUACCUCAAUUCCAUCACCAAGCAAAAAUGAGAGUAAAUUUGGCUUCGGGACAAAAACUUCCGCUUCCGCAGUCAAUAGCGGAGAAUUUUCCAAGCCAGAAUACACCUCCACAAAGAACUAUCAUCGAUUGGAGGAACCGAGCUUACAGUCCCGCAAGAGCUCCCUAGACUCGGCCGGUAUGAAACGUUCCCUGUUGCCUAACGUGCGCAAACUAAGUUCAACCACUGUCAAGGGAUCUCGGGACUCUCUGAACUCCGCCUCCAGUGGAUCCAACAAUUCCAACAACUCCAAUCACAUCUCCAGAACGAGUCCGAUGCACUCUCCACAAACUCCACAUCCACCAACCUCGCUGGUCUACCACCUACAUCACGGUCGAACACCUCCACGGUUCAUCCACCAUCAACAGUCAACGUCGGCUGAGUCGACCAAGUCUUCACUUCCGUCGCCACAAUCUCCAACGGGAGCGCUGCAAAAUUCUCCGUUUUUCAACAAACUGGCACCCAAACCGUCACAGCAGCAGUCUCAUAAGACUAGCAGCAGCACAUUGCCCAGCGCGAGUAUUCUUCACGCGGCCGUUACGGCUUCGGCUACUUCGGCCAUUGGGCAGCAGACUACGGCUUCGCUUCCACCGAAACCUGCCACGGAUGGUGCGGGGAAGAAUGGAAGCGGUGGAGGAAGUAGUAGUGGUUCGGGCGGUCAACGAAGAGGGAGCAGUUUGACCCGAAGCGAGAACAAGUACAGGAUACAGUUUUAGGCGAGUGGUGGGUCUCACGAGGAAGCGGAAGUAUUCAUUGUAUUAAAGGGGAAAUUUUUGUAAGAAGGAUAACUUUUUUCGAUGUGAAUAGUUGUAGGCAUAAAGUAGUAUUGGAAAGUAUUCUUUUUCGAUGGGUCAAAUUUGUACACUUUGGAGUUGAAGAGAGAUUUUGGAUCUGAUUCUGGUUGUUCAAAAUUGUUCUAGUUUAGUUCCGCAGAAGAGAGGUCAGCUGUGGUAAUAUAUUGAGACAGCAAUAUUUGAAA